AUGAGUCAGGACACCCAGAGAGUCAGGACCCCCAGAGUCAGGACCCCCAGAGUCGGGACCCCAGAGAGUCGGGACCCCCAGAGUCGGGACCCCCAGAGAGUCGGGACCCCCAGAGAGUCAGGACCCCCAGAGUCGGGACCCCCAGAGUCGGGACCCCCAGAGAGUCGGGACCCCCAGAGAGUCGGGACCCCCAGAGAGUCGGGACCCCCAGAGUCGGGACCCCCAGAGUCGGGACCCCCAGAGUCGGGACCCCCAGAGAGUCGGGACCCCCAGAGAGUCGGGACCCCCAGAGAGUCGGGACCCCCAGAGUCGGGACCCCCAGAGAGUCGGGACCCCCAGAGUCGGGACCCCCAGAGUCGGGACCCCCAGAGAGUCGGGACCCCAGAGUCGGGACCCCCAGAGUCGGGACCCCCAGAGAGUCGGGACCCCCAGAGAGUCGGGACCCCCAGAGUCGGGACCCCAGAGUCGGGACCCCAGAGUCGGGACCCCAGAGAGUCGGGACCCCCAGAGAGUCGGGACCCCCAGAGUCGGGACCCCCAGAGAGUCGGGACCCCAGAGUCGGGACCCCAGAGAGUCGGGACCCCAGAGUCGGGACACCCAGAGAGUCGGGACCCCAGAGAGUCGGGACCCCCAGAGAGUCGGGACCCCCAGAGAGUCGGGACCCCAGAGUCGGGACCCCAGAGAGUCGGGACCCCCAGAGAGUCGGGACCCCCAGAGUCGGGACCCCAGAGUCGGGACCCCCAGAGUCGGGACCCCCAGAGAGUCGGGACCCCAGAGAGUCGGGACCCCCAGAGAGUCGGGACCCCAGAGAGUCGGGACCCCCAGAGUCGGGACCCCCAGAGUCGGGACCCCCAGAGUCGGGACCCCCAGAGAGUCAGGACCCCCAGAGUCGGGACCCCCAGAGUCGGGACCCCCAGAGUCGGGACCCCCAGAGAGUCGGGACACCCAGAGUCGGGACCCCCAGAGAGUCGGGACCCCCAGAGAGUCGGGACCCCCAGAGUCGGGACCCCCAGAGUCGGGACCCCCAGAGAGUCGGGACCCCCAGAGAGUCGGGACCCCCAGAGUCGGGACCCCCAGAGUCGGGACCCCCAGAGAGUCGGGACCCCAGAGUCGGGACCCCCAGAGAGGCAGCGACCUGCUGGAGACGAUAGGUCACAGGUCAGAGGUGACAGGUUAGAGGUCAGUGACCUUGUUCUCCACCAGGGCAGCGACCUGCUGGAGACGAUAGGUCACAGGUCAGAGGUGACAGGUUAG